CCAUCCUGGGCAUGUACACGCUGAUGAGCAACAAGCAGUACUACGACGCGAUCUGCAGCGGGACCAUCUCCAACACGGAGGGCAUCAACAGCGUGGUGAAGCCCGACACGUACAAGCCGGUGCCGGAUGAGCCCCCGAAUCCCACCAACGUGGAGGAGACGCUGCGGCAGAUCCAGGCCAAUGACGGGGCUCUGGAGGACGUCAACCUCAACAACAUCAAGGACAUUCCCGUCUCCACACUCAAAGCCAUCUGCGAGGCCAUGAAAACCAACACCCACGUCAAGAAGCUCAGCCUGGUAGCCACCCGCAGCAAUGACCCUGUGGCCAGCGCCGUGGCCGAGAUGCUGAUGGAGAACAAGACCCUGGAGAGCCUCAACAUCGAAUCCAACUUCAUCACCAGUGCCGGCAUGAUGAGCAUCAUCAAGGCCAUGUACCACAACGCCACCCUGAGCGAGCUCAAGGUGGACAACCAGUGCCAGCGGCUGGGCGACACGGUGGAGAUGGAGAUGGCCACCAUGCUGGAGCAGUGCCCCUCUGUCGUGCGCUUCGGCUACCACUUCACGCA